UGUGACUCGACAAAGGUAAAUCGGAUAGUGCUACAAAACAAAUUGAGCAAAGUGCGACGAUUCGGAACGUGUACGGUUGAUAAAUACUGUGCGAUAGAUCGAUUAAGGCCUCAACACCUCGUUUUGACUAUAGCUUUAGUUGGAUGUUACUUACAAAGGGAUAUAUCUCGCGUGUGAAGUGGAAAACGGUGCAACCUAGCUAUUUCAAAUAACUAGAACUGGUUUCCUAUAUCCGUACCUUAAACGCAAGAACUACCAUGAGUGCUUCAGGGUAACGGCCACAUAGGCAGUUAAUGGUUCUGUAAGGAAUUACCGUAUAACCCCUAUUUUAUUGCUGGCGAAGAGAUGCAAUGCAAGGGCAGCGUGGGGCGCAUCAGCCAAGUAUCAAAGCAUUAGACGUGAAAGCUGUCACGAAGGGUGUAAUACGGCAGUAAGUGAACCUUGUCACUACCAGACAUUUUCGCACAUCGAACCCCGAGGGGGAUCUCGAUCACAGGAUGUGGUGGUGGCCGGGAAAUGGCUUAGCGACCAUUCGGAUCAGUUGGAAAUGCGCUUUCGGAAGAAACACGUUCGUGGAGACGAUCCUCCUGUUAGUGUUAGUAUCUUGCGGACGGGUGACAAGAAGCUGGGCGGCCAUCCUUUACCUCAGCGUACCUCGAACAAUCAACGUAGAUCAAAUAAACGAGGCAAUUCUUGACUGCCAGUACGAUUAUUCGCACAAUCUUGACGACUUUCUGGUUGUCAAAUGGUUUUUGAAUGACAAUGAACAGCCGAUCUACACCUGGCUACCGCACUCCAAUUCCCGAGCUUUCCACCCACUCUACGAAACGUUCAUCGAUAAAACUUACACAUUUUCAGCGGAAAGGACAUAAGGCUAUACCGUGAAGUCCGAACGCCUGUGAUUUCGACAAAGCCGUUGAAGUAUUCCUCUGCACUGAAAAUUUUUUUUUAACUAUAUUUAGUUCUACUCUACUAGUAUUGCAUUUCGAUACACAUUCUUUUAAUGACUGCUAGCUAUGAGAUCUACCGCGGGAUCCGGUUCUCUCAUCUUCAUCCGAAUUUGACUGGCAUAUACCUCUGCAGCGUCUCGUCGAAAUGGGGACAUUUUGAGGAACGGAAACCGAUGACUCUGUAUAGUGAGUUGCUGAUUGAUUAUUUAUGAAUUCUUCUUGUACUGACUGGGAGCUUCAUAGGGGGUCAUCUAUACUGUGUCUAGCGUUUCCGUUUUCGGCUUCAAAUUUCCGAUUCAUAUAUGAUUUCUGUAUAAUUAAAGGGUGAUUAAUUUAAUUCAAAAGAGUAGAUUAAAUAUAUACUAAAGAACAAGUCCUAUUUGCAU